AUGUGCGACUAUGACAGACUAAAGGUAGUUGUCGCUGGUGAUUCCGGUGUUGGCAAGACCGCAUUCGUCCAUUUGCUUUGUUAUGGCGAAGCGCUUUUGAAUCCCUCGUGGACAGUUGGCUGCAGUGUCGAAUUGACGAUUUUCCCCCGACCCCGAGGGGACUUGGGUGGUGCGCAGGUAAAGGCCGAGGAGCGAUUCUUCGUUGAAUUCUGGGACAUCGGCGGUUCUGCCCGCCACGCCAACACAAGGAGUGUGUUCUACGACGGUCUGCAUGGCAUCAUUUUGGUCCACGACUUGACUAAUAAAAAGUCCGAAACCAAUCUGAAAAAGUGGCUAGCCGAACUGACCUCGAGGAGUAGCCAACUCAGGGUUGUUUGCCACUCUGCUGAUUCCGAUCGGGGCGUCGGAUCCGCCGCCAGGCCUUUCUCGUCGCCGCCUGUCUUAGUAGUGGGUACGAAGCUAGACCAAGUCCGUGGCCCACUCAGCUCCCACAACCGAACCCCCUCCUCCUCCCGCGUUCCAUGGAGGGGUCUGCGCACGCUCACCGCGAGCGGUAUGCAGUCUGAGAGUUUCGCCGCUGAGCACGGCUUUCCCGAAAUUCUCUUGAACUGUAAUGCCUCAUCCAGCCUUGCCGAACAAUCUUAUAAUGAGUGCGCCAUUUCCAGUUUCCUGCAUCAGGUGGUUCGUUUUAAAAAGUUCCAUGGUUGUGGGGAUGUGCGUGAAUCUGACGACCCUUCCUUCCCGGUAUCGUUGAUUCCGACUGCCUCAACAAGUCCGUUAUGCUCUCGGUUCGGCGGCGCCGUCACCUACCGCAUGUCUAACACCUUUGCCCUCAAUCCUUUCUCGGUUUUUUCAUUUGGUAGCCAUUCGGUCGGCAUCGUUUCUGGGAUUAUCAACGUCUUGAUAUUUAUUUCGCUCGCAAGGGACAAACCAUGUGUCGCCAGCAUUCUUUGUGCCAUUGGUUGUUAUAUUAGUAUUUAUCCCGGCUACCUAAUGCUCGCUGUCCUGUCGCAGUGUCGAACGAAGAAGUCUCUAUUGCAGUCCAUUGCUAUGUUUGUAUUUUUCCUCACCGGGCUUCUUUUGACAACCUACUUUGUUGAGCAUAAUUGGGAUUUCUUGAAGCACAGCUACCUUUCCAACAUAUAUGCUCUCGAUACCACUCCAAACUUGGGCAUCUUCUGGUACAUGUAUGUGGAAAUGUUUUCCCACUUCAACGUCUUCUUUGUUUGGACAAUGCAGCUCAUCAUAUUCUGUACAUGUUUUGCCUUAUUUCUCCGGUUUUAUGAUGACCCCCUCUUCUUGGCUCUCCUCUUGACAAUGACAACAGGUGUACUUAAACCAUAUAAUAGCAUGUCAGAAUUCGGAUGCUCUCUUGCAAUAGCAAUGCAGUGGCGCCAUCUCUUCAAAUAUUUUAGGAAUGUGCUUGUCCUUGGAGUAAUGGUCACGGUGGCUUUAAUACUUGCUCCAUUAUUUUUCUUCACGUGGCUCCACACCUCCACCUCCAACGCAAACUUCUACUUCUCAGCUUCUCUCAUGGUUGGGGUUGUCAGAGUCCAACUGAUAUCCCAGUUGGCCUCUGCUUAUCUCCGCGGUCAGUUCCACAAAAAGUUCGGUUCCAACCCACGUCUUUCGACGGGCGCCAAAGUCGUGCCAUGCAUUCGUUCAUAA